UGGGAGCAGCAGAAACAGGCAGCGAUUCCAUUCAGUUACAAAUGCAGUAAAUUAACAGAAGACAGAAAUGAACAGGACAGAGUCAAACUCCUUGGCUCUAUAUCUCCUGUGCUGAAUGGACGAAACCACCUCAGCAAAGGGAGGUUUCACAGAAAGCAGGAACUCUCCCUAGGAGAUGGCUGUGGAUGCUAGAAAAACUGAGAGCUUCCCAAGGACCCUGAAGCUGCUUGGAAGUGUCCCCGCAGGACUCGGCAGACCCAGCUACGAUGAUGGGGAAGGUUCCCUCGUUCUCCCCUGGCUCCACAGUGAGCUCUGCUCUGCCCGGCUACGUCGCUCUCUGCCUCACUCUACAGGUUCACAGGCUGGUGUCAGCACAGUUCACAGUGACUGGAUCUGACCAUGCAGUCACUGCCUCCCUAGAUGGGGAGGCCAUCCUGUCCUGCCACCUCUCCCCCAGGAUGAGUGCUGAGAACAUGGAGGUGGGAUGGUUACGAUCCCAGGACUCUGAAAUUGUGCACCUGUACCGUGAUGGGGAGCAUCAGUAUGGACAGCAGAUGCCAGAAUAUAGUGGAAGAACUGAGCUCUUGAGAGAUGACAUCACCAAUGGGAGAGUUUUCCUGAGAAUACACAAUAUCCGACCCUCCGACAAUGGGCCGUACAAGUGUUUUUUUCAGUCCAGUGUCUUUUAUAAAGACGCUUUAUUGGAACUACAGGUGGCAGGUUUGGGCUCUGAUCCUGUCAUCUCUGUGGAGGGACAUCAGGAUGGAGGGAUACGUGUGGUGUGUCGAUCAGACAGAUGGUACUCACAGCCCGAGGCUCAGUGGAGAGAUCUCCAGGGGCAGAUCUUACCAUUGGCCUCUAAAAACAUUGCACAAGAGGCCAAUGGUCUGUUUCAGGCAGAGAUUGCCGUUGUUAUAACAGAAGAGUCCAACCAGAAAGUGUCCUGCUGUGUCAGGAAUCCCCUACUCAACCAGGAGAGAAAGACAGCGAUUUCCCUAGCAGAACUGUAUUUCCCACAAGACAAUCCCUGGACGGUGGCUCUGGGGGUGAUCCUGCCUCUCAUGGCUGUUCUCAUGGCCCUGGCCAGUUACUGCUUCUGGAAGCAAAGCAGAGUGAAAGAGACCCUGCAAUCGGAUAAGGAGAGCGAGAAAGAUCCCAAGCUGCCUGGGGAAAAACAUCUCUCAGGUCUGGAAGACACUUUUGCUAUGCCCCAUGCAGAUUCCGGGGCGGCUGAAGAGGUGCUAUGUGCUACUCAUCUUCCUGGGUUCCUCAGUAAUCUCCAGUCCAAGGGAAUUACUGAUUGA